UUGGGCGCGUUUCUGCUAAGCGCUCGCUUGCAAAUAGACGCUCAUGAUGUUUCCGCGGUUUCUUCUUGUGAUAGCUUAAACUUCAAGUGACAGUCAUUGCUGGCAUUCUCUAUACAUGACAAUGACUCAUUGGAUAUGUGUCACUUUGCCUCUCCUCGUUUUGUGCGUACUUGUUAAUAGUGCAACGGAUGAACAUGAAAAAGAAAAAGCGGUUGGAGUUCCGUUUUAUUGGUCCGCUUCCAACGGACGAUUACUUUCUCCUAGAAUAAGGCAUUUCCAUCCAAGAUUGCCAGCUUACGAAGAAGGUGUCUAUUUUCAUCAUAAAAAGCAUAGAACCCAUAACAGAAGAAGUAGUGCUAGCAGUAGUAGUAACCACAAUAAAUAUGUGAAACCAAAGCCUACUAAAGAAUCGGUGAAUGCAUCUAAGACUGUUUGCAGGGAUGAAACGCAAGUGUAUAAUGGAACAGAAGAAGAAAUUUGCCCUCAGUUCGCGCAGGCAAUCGGAAAUAUCACCCAAGCAGUGGGGAGGGAGGCGAGGUUGGAAUGUGUGGUCGACAACCUGGGUCGAUUUAGAGUUGCCUGGAUGCGAAUUGAGACAAAGACCAUUCUGACGAUGCACCGGCACGUCAUCUCGAGAAAUUAUCGCAUAGCGUUGAGUCACAGCGAACACAGGGUGUAUGUCCUGCACAUCAACGAUGUGCAGGAGGAAGACCGAGGAUCAUAUAUGUGCCAAGUCAAUACUGUGCCCAUGCUCUGGCAAGUCGGGUAUUUGGAUGUUGUUGUUCCGCCAGACAUAAUCGAAGAACAAUCCAGUUCUGACAUGUUCGCUCGAGAAGGAACUGAUGUUCAGUUAAAAUGUGCAGCAAAGGGGCGUCCAGAACCAAAACUUACCUGGAGAAGAGAAGACUACAAACCCGUUGGGGUAGGAAACUGGCAGAAGAACAACUUAGCCCAAAUUAUCCGAAUGGCCGAUGAUCCUCCCCAAGAUACAUCUGCAGCAAUGUUUGUUUCAGAUGCCAGCAUCCACGAAGGGGCAGUGCUGGAAAUCAAGAAAGUCAGCCGCCUUCACAUGGGGGCUUACCUGUGCAUCGCUUCAAACGGUGUGCCGCCAGCGGUCAGUCGAAGGAUAACACUUCAGGUGAAUUUUCCACCGAUGAUAUGGAUCCCGAAUCAGUUGGUCGGUGCGCCUUUGGGUGGAAACGUCACUCUCGAGUGCAACACCGAAGCUUACCCGGAGUCUAUGAAUUACUGGUCACGGCACAACAAUGAGAUGAUCUCGGACGGGGGAAGGUUCGACGUCAUCUUCACGGUCUCCACGUACAAGAUCAACAUGAUUCUUACGAUUCAUCAGUUGAUUCAUACUGAUUAUGGCAUCUACCACUGUCUCGCAAGAAACUCUUUGGGAAACACGGAAGGCACGAUUCGCCUAUACGAGAUCCAUGUACCUCAGUCGAUUAAAGAGCCGUCUUCAGCCAAAAUUCACAGCUUAAACGGAGUAUCAGCUACUGGUGACACUGACCCUGAUUAUGAAAAGGACCAAACAGGAAAGUCAGACGAAAAAUCUCCUGAAACUUCAAUAACCUUUACCGAAAAAGAAGAUUUCGUCAAUUCCGGAAGUCUCAUUCGUGCUAUGGUGCAGGAAGUAAUGGUUUCUGUGUCAAUUGCGAUUCUAACAACCUAUGUACUGCUUCGACCAGGAACUUAACUCAUCGUCUGAGUGUCCCCCUCUCCCUUCGCUUCUUGCAUGGAAUAUUACCGGGAUACAUUGUCGUGAUAAAUAUUCUGUUUGUCUUCGAUGUUUGUACGAGCUACCGCUUCAACGGCGGAAUUCCUGUGGCGGUAUUUGUGUUUGUCUCUCAAGAAAAACACAUGGAUCAUCAGUAAAGCCGUCAUAUUGUUUACUACAGUAUUACUUUUCCAACGUGAUUGAUGUAUGUGAUGAGUGUAUUUCCAAAAAAAAUUAUGAUGGGACUCCAAAGAUAUCUUUCGUGCGGGACUCUUUUUUCAGCGUUUCAUUUCACUCAUUGACUCCGUUUCUAUAAGUUAUCCAUUCCGCAAACUUACAGCAUUUAUGUAAAAUCAUGUUAUUUUUUACCAUCAUUUUCUAGGCCCAUCAAUAGAAGAAAUUAGUAUAUCAUAAGAAGUAUGUUCAAGAUGCUUCAUUAACUGUAUCUGCGACGAUGGGGUUAGUGUGACAUACACCAUUGGGAGAAAGGGAGAAUUAUAAUAUGCAUAUUAAAGCUACAAAAAAUAAAUAUAAUAUCAGAACAGAAUGUUAAAAGAAAAUCAGGAUUGAUGUAUAAUUAUUAU